AUGGCUACUGUUAAUGAGCAUCAGAUGCACCGGUCCGCCUCUCCCGAGUCUUCUCCGACACUGGCCAUUGGAGCCUGCCCCGAGUUGUCACGAUGCGUAUCAACUGCUUCGUCUUUAUCGCAUGGCUCAGCCACCGAUGCAAGCUCCCGUGAUUCUCUAGGUGGCGAAUUGUUUUCUCGUCAGUCAUCUGGGUCCUACCGGUCAUCGCGUCAGUCAGAUGUGUCCAAUAUCUCGAGACAAUCAACCCACAGUGUGGAUAGCAAAGGCCGAAGAAGGGGUUAUAUGCGACCGCAGGCGACGGAUUUCGCUGCCAGCGCCAGAUCAAGAGACAGUGUGAUGUGUCUGGGAAGCAUUGCUCACUUGCAAUAUUAUUUCGCCAGAACUGGCCUCUUGGACGGUAAGGGUGGUCAGCUUGCCCGCAAGAAACCAAAUCAGCGUGCCACUCUGGACUUGUCGCUCCUUGAAAGCACGACCACCGGCCCAAGUAUACUCAGCUCAGAUGUGGACUCGUCCUAUGCCUUCAUGGGGAGCAGCCCAGAGCAUGGAAUCCAUGGCAUGGAAGCAAAUGCUACUGUCGACUUCCCAACAGAAGGGGACGAUGGCGAGGACUACUUCGAGGACAGCUUUGCUGAAUCGGAUCCAGGCAUGUUACCCCCAACUGUGAGCACAUAUCACCAAAAAGAGAACCCGAUUCCGAAGCCUCCCACGAUAGAUGAGUUGAAGGCGGAGCUGGAAACGUCCCUACGAGAUACCCAAAAGGCGCUGGAAGAAGUGCAAGCCCGCAAGACUGGCUCGUUUCGAGAAGACCCGGAGGUGCCGCAACUGGCCAAUAUGCCCGAGGAAAACACACAAGGCUGGUACGAAUUGCAAGGCAUGCACAUCCUUGACGUGGUGACAUUAGCGAUCCGGGCUGCCAAGAUGUAUUACACAGCACACGAGAUGCCUGAUCGCCUGGAUGCCAUCAAAUCUGAAAAACAGAUCCGAACUGACCUUUUAGCUGUGAUGGAAGUUCUCAAGCAAAUGGCUACCAGAAACUUCAAGGGCGGGUUGAGAGACGAGGAAGUUAAGACCAUGGUCGGCUGGGUCGAGAGUGUCUUCGACAUACUCAUCAAAGAGCACGAAAUCGAACUUGCUGAGCGAGCGGAACGCAAGAGCUGGAUAUGGCUGAACGGUGACUGGUCUGGACGUGAGGUGGAACGAGAGCUGGCGUUUCUCAAGUCUUUGGAUUCCGAGGGUGAACCUUUGCCUGAGUGGACACCCUUAUCACAGGCAUCUGAAUGUCCAACGCCAUUCCUCCGCAGCCUGCAGAACGGACUGAAGCUUGUCAAGCUGCAUAAUGCUGCUGUCAAAAAGUCCAGAAGACGUUUUGGCGCCAUACCGACCUUCCACAACGACACACAGAAACCAUACCGAUGUGCCGACAAUCUCCGCUAUUGGGUCAAGGCAGCCGAACUCCGCUUCGAGGUGCUGUUGAAGGUUGAUGUCUUGGGAGUUGUUUAUGACAAUGGACCCGAGGUAUGGCACGACUUUGAGGCAGCCAUUAUCAAGUGGUGCAAGCAUGUUCGUGAGGAGCUUGCAAGUGAGCUGGCACAAUAG